AUGAGGCCGGAAGAUACGCCUUUUGAACUACUAUCUAUCUAUCUAUCUAUCUAUCUAUCUAUCUAUCUAUCUUUUUUAAUCAUUACACCCCAAGCAAAGAGUUACCAGGUUAUCUAUCUAUCUAUCUAUCUAUCUAUCUAUCUAUAUUUUUCUCUCUGGGACCAAAUAGUAUGCCUCGUUUCGCUUCUUCCUAUCUCCUGUUUAUACGCAGUCGUCAUCCGUACAUUCAUAUGUAUAAAUAAGCCUUCUUUUGUCUCUCCUCACGCCCACGUAAGUAUGCCCAUACGUUCCCUUCGUUAUAAAUGUCCUAAUAAAAGAGAUAAUAAAUCCCCGUUCAUUUAUCCAUUUAUUAAUGCGUUUAUUUAUACUGUUGAGAGCAUUACAAUCAACUACACACUUCUUGUAAUGUCACAAGCAGUAUCUAAACAAUAUCUAUCUAUCUAUCUAUCUAUCUAUCUAUCUAUCUAUCUAUCUAUCUAUCUAUCUAUCUAUCUAUCUAUCACUGAAACUAAUCUGUUAGUAUCUAUCUAUCUAUCUAUCUAUCUAUCUAUCUAUCUAUCUAUCUAUCUAUCUAUCUAUCUAUCUCAGCCUGUUAGUAUCUAUCUAUCUAUCUAUCUAUCUAUCUAUCUAUCUAUCUAUCUAUCUAUCUAUCUAUCUCAGUCUGUUAGUAUCUAUCUAUCUAUCUAUCUAUCUAUCUAUCUAUCUCAGUCUAUCUAUUAUCUAUCUAUCUAUCUAUCUAUCUAUCUAUCUAUCUAUCUAUCUAUCUCAGUCUAUUCGUAUCUAUCUAUCUGUCUAUAA